UACGGGAAAACUCGUUAACAGGCUUUGCUACCCAAGACACAGAGAAUCUUUCUGGCUGGGGGGUGUUGGUGAAGGAUCCUGGCAAUUUUUAACCAGAUCUGAAAAUCACAGAAGAGUUCGGGCAGAGAGCACAAGCGAAAUGCAUAUCCAUGACGCAAUCCUGAAAGCGGACUUUCGCUUGGCUAGGAGGCUGGUCGAGUCAGGGAUAGACGUCGAUGCGAGGGACACUGCUGGGAGAACCCCCCUCAUGCUUUGCGCUUUGCACGACGGGGAGCUGCGGGCUGUGGGCGUGGCCAGGAUGCUGCUCAUUCAUGGGGCAAGGGCGGGGCUCUGUGACCAACGGGGCCGCUCCGCGCUCAUGUACGCCGCCCUGUACGGGAGACUGCCACUUGCCACGCUGCUCAUCCAGGCUCUCGACUCAGACCUGAAUCACGUUGACCUUGAGGGCCGGACGGCGCUGCGCCACGCUGCCGAUGGGGGCAACAUCACGAUCUAUGGCCUGCUCCUGGACGCUACGAAGAAGUACGGCUUCACCAGGGACACGUCUGUUGCGAACGUGUUCCUUUCUGACCCCCGCAGUGGAAGACACAAGCAGAAACCCUCAGACAGGAUGACUCAUAGCAGAAACAUCAGUGGGCGCUCACUCGAGAAGAAAAGCCAAAUAUUCUGGAAAGAUCUGCCAUAUAAGACCAUCCCUGCCGAUCUCUGGGAAAAAAGGCAAGCUUUUUACCAGCUACCAUCCAAGGGGUUGCCUGAGCUCACUGAGAAAAGGAAGACGAGGAUCGCAAAACCAGACCGAAUCAACACCAGAUCUGCUGCCGUGGGCUGGAGGGUAGACAUGGUUAGCCUGCGGGAGGCGCUACAGGUACAGCUAAGCCCUUCCUACAGGCCAGAGGCCCGAGCGCUCCCUGGGUCGCAGCACCUGUGUCAGACACCCCCUCCACCAGAGCAGGUGCUGAAGGGUAGGAAGCUGUCCUUGGAUGGUGCCUGUGAGGCCUUAACACAGAAGAGGCUGCAGGAGAGAGUGACACACCGCCGCAGCAGCGUGGCUGCCAUCCCCCUGAGCUGCCUCAACCGCCAACGCAGCACGGCAGGCCUGCAGAGACAGGCGGAAAGCAGAGGCACGUGGAAGCCCCCCAGCUCAGCCAACUGACUAUAGAAGGCACAAAAGUAGAGCAGUGAUCCUACAAUCAUUCCUUUUUAAAUCCGUAUUUUCUGAUACUGAUGUGGAAAAGCUAACAUUAAUGAUUAUUAUGAAAAGGAAAUACCAGUUUCUGACAUUGUGCACACAAAAUGUGUGUGAAAAUGGUUAAUCAGCAGUUUCUUCUUUCAGAAUAUUGAGAUCUAGCAUUUGAAGUCUAUGACAUAAAACCACAUUUAGUCUUAACAUGAAUAAUCUGUCUGACCUCCAAUCGUACAUGUUUACGGUAUUGCACUCUCAAUAUGCUGUAAAUUGUUUUGUCCUUAUGCUGCCUGCUAGCCGCACGUCACACAGUGGAACUGAAGGCAAUAAAUUUAGUCAACUUGAUAUUUUAAAUUGCUCUUACGAUGCAUAAAAUUAUAAGAAUAAACCGACAUAAAUCCACUUAUCUAAGCUACUUAUCAGAUAUUUAUACAUUUGAUAAACACAAAAACGACAAAACUGACUACGUGCGAAUGGGAAGUAAGUCUUCCAAUCAGUCUGAAAAAAUCGCAGUGUUUUAAGAGAAUAAAACUACAUUUCCGGUGAAAAUGGGGGAAAAGGGAAUUUAUGAGUUUCUGCCAUAUGCUCUCGACGCUUUGAAGAAUACUUAAGAAGAACAUUUACACAGCGGAUAAAAAGCUCAAGGAACGGCAACACCUGACACAGACUACUGAGCUUGCGCUAGCAUUGACUACAUGCAUGCAUGCGUGCGUACGCAAUGACGCAAGACGUCAUGACGAUUACUUGUACUAUCCAAUGAGAGAAGAGCAUCUUGGGUUUGAAUUAGGAGCAGGCGGUUAAAGUUUGCUCGCUUAAUGGAAAGCAGUCAGAGAGAAUCACAUUUUCAUCAUUUAGGAAUUUGCUCCGUAUCUACACACGUACGACAGCAGGAUAUCAUCCAGAAGAGGACUAACUAAAACAUAGCGCUAAUGCAGUCUGCUAACAGGUCGCCGCUGAGAAGCCUGCAGAAUGAGCUUUUGGGGCUGCAACACUCCCACGGGAACCAACGUUGGGCUCGAAUUGCAGUCAGGGGUGAAAUGACAAGAUGUAAGUCGGAGCCGCGUCCUGUCUGCGCUCGCCGUUCACCUGCCGCUGUAAUUCUGCCAGAUGACAUGGAGCACAUGAAGGAGAAUGUAGCGGAUUUAGAAAUGGCCGAGUGUAGUUCAGGUGUUUUGUGCAGUAUGGAGAUCGUGAAAAAAGAAAAUGAGAAACAACCGGAUGGUGAGAGAAAGAAGACCGGAGCUUCUCUGGACGAACGAUUUGACCAUGUGAGUAGUGACGCAGUUCCAAUCGCUGAUGAAGAUGCUGUUGGCCAGCAGUGUGGCGAUGGAGUGGGUCACAUCACACUGAAAUCCUUCGUGUGCACUGGAGCUGACAUUGAGAUCACAAAUGCCUCCAGACUUUCAGAGGAGACUGUUUUGCCUUUGCCUGAAGAUCAAGUUGGCCGAAGUUUUGUGUUCUGUGGAAAUGAGAGCAAUGCUGUUGAGGAUUUGGAAGGCUCGGUCCCACAGUCCAGCUGUAGGCAUAAAGACCAUGCUUACUGUUUGGAGAAGGAAAGUAGCAUUUUGGGAAAUGAGCUACCUGGUUCUGAAACAUCUUGUAUUUCGAUGGGGUCAGACACAAAUGCUGAGAACAUGGUCCAAGUUGGUUGUCAGAAUAUUCCAGAGCUCUUCUAUGAGAGUUUAAAGGACACUGAUGCAGAUGAACACUCUUGUGCUCCAGUUGAUCAGGAAGUUUCUGGGGAAUCCGAUCUGACGGUGCGAGAUGAGCAUCAGCAGCCUGAACUUUCUAGAAUCACUGACCAGUCCCUGCCACACGUCAUUUUGACGCUGGUGGCCAGUCCGGUAUUAAAUUCUUCUCUUUGGCAAAGUGUGGAGGACGAUGCAGUUGGUUUAACUGCGGGGAGUUCUACGCCAUUUGUGGGUAAGAAACUCCAGGUGGAUGGAGGUCCCAUGUUUCCAAGGGACCUGCAGGAGGAUGGAGCAGCCCAAGCCGGCGCUGGGACAUCCAGCGACAGUGGCCUCUCUAUUCUGCACUCCCAGGAAGGCUCUGAGGACCCUUUCACACACUCCUCCCCAAAGAUCCUUCACUCUGCUCUCUCACGGAGCGCUUGCUUGAGGGAGCAGACGCAGAAUCCCGCCCAGCCUCAGGAUGAGUUUUUGGGCCGUGUGCCGGCAGGUGGUAUCGCCCUUCCAGGACAGCAUGAAGAAUGUACCCCAGCUGCUCUUGAGAAGCACAAUAGCCUCCUGGGUGGUCGAAUGAGCUGCCUGUGGACUGAGAACCUGGAGAGUCCCAUGCCACCACCUCGGCUGAACUCCACCGCACUGAACUUGGAGCUGUCUCAGCCCGCCGUCCAGGAGGCCGCUGUGGGGGUCCCUGCAGACCCCUUUCCCGGCAGGACCGUGCCCCUGCAGCAGCAGCUCCUGCAGAUGGCGGAUUUGCUCAUCCGCACGUCGGGGAACCUCUGUGUGGGUGCGGCCCCUGCAGAGUGCCACAGCGUCGGCACCUGGACCAGCCCGGUCCGGCUGAUCGAGCAGAGCGUCAACACCUCUGGCAUCUUCGAGCGGAAGAGGGAGUUCUCUGUGGCUGAAGCCAGUACCAGCACAGACUCCUUGCUGUGGAACCUUUCCCCUGGAAGCCUGGCCUCAGCCUCCAGGCAGGAGCUGGAGCAGCGGCUGACCUCCACGCUCAUAAUGGUGGAGGCUCUAUCUCAGCAGCUGUCCUGUAUCAGAGCUCAGAACCAGUCUCGUGGACCGGGACCCUCUGAACUCCGGGAGAAGUUCAUCCAGACGGACCAUACUGAGCUGAACCAGGUGGUGAUGUACAAAGAGCUGUAUAUUAAAGCUCUGGAGAAGAUCAGGGCUCUUGAGUUGGACCAGGAGGCUCUGAAGAAUCUUCUCCACGGUAUGCAGGAUGUCAAGGCCGCCGUGGUUGCUGCCAGCACAGAAACUGAAGAUGCUCUGACUAGGCUGAAUGAAAUCGCUCAUGUUGCCAGCGACGAACAUGACGACGUCUGUAAACAGAUGGUCCAGAUGAGGGCGCUGUACGGGCGGUGCAGGGAGGCACUGCGGAGGACGGGCGAAAAGGCCAGCGGCUGCCUGCAGGAGCGUGAGCAGAUGAGGCAGCGGAUGGAGGAGGCGCUGCAGGCCAAGGCAGCGGCCUUCGAUGUGACAGAGCAGCUGAGGGCUCGCUGUGCCUUCAGGAUAGCGGCACUCGAGCAGAACCUGGGAUCUCACCUGGAGGUGAAGGAGGCGCUCACCAAGUCCUACCUGGAGCAGGCUUCAUUAAACAAGGAAUAUGUGGACUCCCUUCAAGCCGCAAAUGAACUUCUGGAGUCUUCCAUAUGUAGCCAAAACUCUCUGCAGGAAGAGUUGUGUCAAGCUCGACGUCUACUGCAGAGGGCUGGCCCGAUCGUGCAGAGGAUGUGGGAGAGGACUGCCACUGCCCUUGGGGAGGCGGAGACGCGGGGGAUGGAGCGGGACCAGGCGGUGGCGGAGAAAAUCAGGAUGGAAGUUGAAUUGGCCCGGAUGGUAUCGGACUUCCAGGAAGCUAACCAGCAGAUUGGGGAUCUCAAUCUGCAGAUGGCCAUCAGGAACUCAGAGAUGUCCGUGCUGCGGCAACGGCUGAACGAGGCAGAGGAAGAGCGCGACGGGCUGCGGAUGAAGAAUACGGAGAUGUCCGCCUCCGUGUCGUCCAUCCAGGCCUCCUACGCCUUCCUGCAGCAGGCCUUGGCCGACGAGACCCACAAGUCACAGCAGGCGUCUGAAGAAGUGAGAGAGGCCACUGAAUGCAUCCACAGCUUGGAGGCAGAUCUUGGCCAGUCUCAGGACCAGAUUAAGGCACUGGGUCAGGCCCUGGCCGAGCGAGACCAGCAGCUGGAGGAGCUGCAGAGGCAGGCUGAGGGCCACGUCCAGCAGCUGCGGCAUCACCAGGAGACCAAGAUGCAGCUGGGCACUGCCAGGGAGAUGAAUGAAUUCCUGCAGGCUGAGAAUGAGCUGUCCCGGGAGCAGGUGGCGGAGACCGAGGGCCUGCUCCGCUCGCACCUGCAGGGCCUGAGGGAGAGGAAUCUGGAGUGCGAGGACCUGAAGCAAGCCCUCACUCACCUCCAGAGGGAACGUGACUCCAUUCAGGAGGAGCUGGACAGCACCCAGGAAAGGGCACGCCGCAUGCUGCUGGGUAUGGGCGAGCAGCUGGUCCAGGCCUCUGUGGAAGUGGCUCUUCUGCACCACCGAGUGAGAGGUCUCACCACCAGCCUGCAGGGGGCGCUCUCCGAUGGGGAGAAGACGGAUGGAGCCCCCAAGGACCAGUCAGCCGCGAUGCCACGCCGCGUCGGCACGUCCUUCCUGGACACGGUCAUGGAUGCCAUCUCUGCCGACGAGAUGCCGCACUGUGAGACCGCUGCCGCAGGGGGGAGCAUGCAGGAGGAGAUGGGCAGCAGAAGUAGCGCAUUCACUCGCAUCAGUCCCACCACUCCAAAGAAGGAGGAAGAAGAGGAUCAGAACAAUGUGCUGGAGUUGCUCUCAGGGUUGGGGGAGGCCAUGUCUGAGCUCGGUGCCUCCGCUGGACAGCUGCGGGAGCUGCAGGACGCCAAGCAAGCCGAGCUGCAGCAGACUGUUGCCUGCCUACAGAGGGAGCUGCAGGCACUCUCUCACAAUCACGAGUGUGAAGUCUCCGACCUGAAGGAGCAGAACAGCCGCCUUCAGGCACAGGUGGACCAUAAUGCAGUGGCACUGCAACAGAGGGCCCAGGACGAGAAAGCGCUGAAGCAGCUUUGCGUGGAGAUGGACCAAAGCCAGGAGCUCCUGAAUAUGCACCGGGCCGAAAAUACUGAGCUGCGUAGGGAGGUCUCAGGGCUGCAGCUCUCCCUGCAGCGGACCCAGCUGGAGGCGCAGACCUUGAGGGAGGAGCUUGCCAAGGCUAGUGGCCAGUCGGCACCCAACCUCGAGGGUCUUAACGAGAAGAUCCUGUUGCGGAGUGAGGUGGAGAGGCUUAAGAAUUGCCUUGCAGAGUCUGAGGACAGCAGAUUUAAACUCGUGGAACGAGCCAAGAGACACCGGCUGGUCCAUGAAACCAACCAGAGGAAAGUGGAACGGGAGCUGCAGCUACUGGAUGAGAUGAUAGAGACCGUGAGAAAGACACUCUCCUCUGUUCCAGCUGUGGUGCAGGGUUGCCAGGAAUUGCAAAGACUUGCGGAAUACCUUGGAUAAUUGUGGAAUCCUUUUAUGUAAAACCACAAUUAUGAAAGUUACUUCUGAAAUGGUCUUAUGUGUUGUUUUAUAUACUAAAACUUAAUAAACUUAACUGUAAAAUAAA